CGGGCUCGUCUACACCAGAAGCCGGAAGUAGUGCAGGGUAAACUCACGUGUACAACAUGAAAAAUACAAAAAAGCACAACAACAUGUCCAAAAAGGGUAAAUUCAAGCCGGGGUCCAAGAAGAGAGAAAACAAAUGCAUUGUCAUGUUUGACGACAAAGACAGACAGGAAUAUUUAACUGGUUUCCAUAAACGUAAGGUGGAGAGGAGGAAAGCAGCGGUGGCAGAAAUACGGAAGAAAAUCAAAGAAGAGCAGAUCAGAGUCCGAGAGGAAAGGCAUAAGGAAUACAUCAAGAUGCUGAAGGAGAGGGAGGACGCUCUCGAGGAGGCUGAAGAUGAUCUGGAGGAUGUGAUAACCAGUACAACAGAGUCUGUGCAGUUCGAUCACCCCAAUCACACUGUCACCGUGACAACCAUCAGUGAUCUCGACCUCACAGGGGGUCACCUGCUCGGACCCGCAGCACAUCAGGUGAAUGGGGACGGUGAGGAUGAAGAAAAGGGAGAGGAGGCGGAGGAGAAAACAAAAGCAAUGCCAAGAAAAGCUGGGGAUCCAAUCAUAAACAAAAAGAUCCGCGCCCUAACUGCGUCGCUCAACACUGUCACCAGCAAGCAGCAGAGGAAAUGGAAGCAGAAAGGCCGAGGUGGCCGAGGUCGUCACACAGACAAGAGACAGAGUGCCUCAGAGGGUAAAAACAGAGCCGGGAGGACCAGCAAGUGGCAGAGACGUCGACAUACCGGGAAAAAGGUGCAUCAUAAGGAGUGAAAGAGCGUGUAGGAAAAUAGAGACUUGACUGAAGAGACUGUGAGAGUCCCACACUCCAACAGAUUGGACUUUGGAGUGUUUGUGCUCCUGUGUUUGAGCAGGAACACAAGCUGUUGGACUGUCUAUCAUGACAUCGCUCAAUAUUUCCACUCUGCCUGCCUCUUGAAAUCUUGUGUCAGACUGUUUUUGUAGUGUUGUAUACAAACUGAACUGUAAGUUUUCAUUCAAUAAAAGAUUCAUCUUGCUAAUAA